AGGACAAUUUUUGUUGGAAGUAUAGGGCCUUGCAAGAUGGGUUCCACCAAGACGGUGGCGUAUUUUUUCGACCCCGACGUCGGGAAUUUCCACUAUGGCCAGGGCCACCCCAUGAAGCCCCAUCGCCUGGCCCUCACACACAGCCUAGUACUGCACUAUGGGCUCUACAAGAGGAUGCAGGUGUACCGCCCGUACCGUGCCACGGUCCACGACAUGUGCCGCUUCCACUCGGAGGACUACAUCGACUUCCUGCAGCGCGUGACUCCGCAGAACGUCCAGAACUUCACCAAGAGUUUACAGCAGUUCAACGUCGGCGAUGACUGCCCAGUGUUCCCAGGUCUCUUCAACUUCUGUUCCAUGUAUACUGGAGCUACACUGGAAGGAGCCGUCAAACUCAACAACAACAUUUGUGACAUAGCAGUGAACUGGGCUGGAGGUCUACAUCAUGCAAAGAAAUUUGAGGCAUCAGGGUUCUGCUAUGUCAAUGACAUUGUCAUUGGGAUACUGGAGCUACUAAAAUAUCACCCACGUGUCCUGUAUGUUGACAUUGACAUUCACCAUGGUGACGGUGUUCAGGAGGCGUUCUACCUGACAGACAGAGUCAUGACUGUCUCCUUUCACAAGUAUGGCAACCACUUCUUCCCUGGUACAGGUGACAUGUAUGAGGUUGGUGCAGAAGGUGGGAAGUAUUACUCACUCAACGUACCACUCAAGGAUGGCAUCGAUGACCACAAUUACCGCCAGCUGUUCAAUCCCAUCAUGCAACAGGUGGUUGAGUUCUUCCGCCCCACCUGUAUUGUACUACAGUGUGGUGCUGACUCCCUGGGCUGUGAUAGGCUGGGCUGCUUCAACCUCAGUGUCAAAGGUCAUGGGGAGUGUGUCAGCUUCAUGAAGGGGUUCAACCUCCCCCUGCUGGUACUAGGGGGAGGGGGGUACACUGUGAGGAAUGUGGCCAGGUGCUGGACACAUGAGACGGCCCUGUUGUUAGAUGAGGAGGUCAACAAUGAGCUGCCCUAUAACGAGUAUUUUGAGUACUUUUCACCAGACUUCACGCUGCACCCUGACACCAGCACCAGGAUUGAAAACUGCAACACCAAAGGGUAUCUUGAACAGAUUCGGCAGACCAUCAAUGACAACCUGAAGUCGCUGAGCCACGCGCCUAGCGUACAGAUGCACGAUAUCCCGCCGGACCUUUUCAGUCUGGAGGUGGUGGAGGAACCAGACCCGGACAUACGCGAAAGUGUACAAGACCAGGACAACAGGAUUGAACCAGCUAACGAGUAUUAUGAUGGAGACAAAGAUCAAGACAGAGACAACGACCUGGAUGUAUGACAGUCUCCAACAUAGCAGAACUCUGCUGAUAACAGCUGAUGUAUUGUACAUAUAUGUGUAGUCAUCCUAAACCUGCAUUUUGUAAAAGGCUUUGGUUUUGUUUUAGAUUCUAGAGGGUACAAAGAGACAAAACAAAAUAUGAGAAACAAACUGCUGGUUUAAUGGAAAGAUACAGGAUUUAUUAGGACAGUACAUGACAAGGGAUUUUGAAGGUAGUGAAUUUGUCCCCUCUAUUCUGUAACAGUGGUUUUAUAAUGUUAAGCCCCUGUGCUGAUGAGUACAGUUUUUACAUUAUGUCUUGUA